AUUCAUUUAAUCAUGAUGUUCCUUCGUCUGAUGAUGGUAUCAGUCCUCUCUGGUGGUUCAGCUGAAGUUGUGCGUGAUUUUCGAGAGAAAUGUGCUGAUAUUUUUGCAAAUGGAGCUUCACCAACAAUACUUCACGGACAUCAGUACAAAAAAAUUUGCCAAACUUUGAAAAAAAAAGUGUAUUAUGCCACACUUUAUGAUACUUACAACAAGAUUUCGGUCUACUCUGCCUACAAGUUUAACAAAGGCAUCCGUUGCAAAAGAAAACACCUAUGGAGCAUUGAACCUCAACUUGAUAAUCCAGGAGAAGGACCAAAUAUGGUACCUGACUGUUCCAGACAAUCAUCGAAUCAAGCUGUCUGUGAUGAUUAUAAACGCUCUGUCUAUGACAGAGGUCACCUGAUGCCAGUCUACCUGGCAAGCUCACAGGAUUGUGCUGAUGCCACCUUCUCUCUCACCAAUGUUGCUCCACAAAAACCCUGUUUUAACAGAGGUCAAUGGAGGAUACUAGAAGAAAAAAUUGCUAAAGAACUGACCGAGCGAUGUCUGUCGAGAGAGAACACUGCUUACCUUGUAACAGGGGUGGUACCAGGUACAAGUAAAAUAAAAGAAAAGGUGAAUGUGCCUAGUCAUUUCUGGACUGCAUACUGCUGUUUAGACCAUAACAAGGAGUGUCAAAUCUCAAGAGGAUUUAUUGGGGAGAACAAGAACACUGCUCCUAACAACAUAACAGUGAAUAAGUUACAGGGAAUUCUUGAAAACCUGUAUAAAGUCAGAUCUUUUCAGUUGUUUAGUACAAGAGCCAACUGAAGGUUUUUUGUUGUUGUUGUUGUUUUUUUUUUAAAUUCAGCAGAUUUAUUUGUUGAAUUAUGAUAGUCCUUAAAGAACACUCUUAAAAAUAAAAGUUCUUUAUUGGCAUUUUGGGACAAUAAGUAAUUUUUUAUUCUUAAUUUUCCUUCUCCUACUAUGUAACAAUAAUCAUAUAAUCAGAAUCAUAGCUUUACACACAAGGCUGAACUAAGGAUGUAUGCCAAAUGCUUUAACAGAGAGAUAAUGUAUAUGUAGUUGUGAUUUCUGUGUUCUUGUCCACUUCUCCUCUGACACUUGACUAAGCAACAUUAAUAAAAGACUCUACA